AUGGCAGACAACCAGGGGCAGAUAGCCCUGCACAACACAGCAAGCAGCUUGCGGAGCAGCCUAGUCGCGGCCGCGGCAGUCGUGCGCCUGCUGUUGGAGGCUGCCCCAGCCACCGCCUUGGCAGUGGGUCAUGGUGGCUGGACACCGCUGCACUUUGCGGCUGAGCGUGGGAACAUUGAAGUGAUGAAGCUGCUGCUGCCGGCGGCACCUGCCGCAGCUGCAAUGCUCAACAAAUACAAGCAGGCCCCAGUCCACCGCGCCGCCUACCGGAGCAAUGCCGCAGCCGUGCAGCUGGUGCUGGAGGCAGCACCACAGUUGGCUUUUGCGCCGUCUGCGCUUGGCGACACACCGCUGCCCAUGGUGUUCCUCUACGGCCGCUUCCGUACAGCAGAGCAAAUCAUCGAGACAGCGCGCUGCCUGCUGCGGGCGGCACCAGCGGUGCAGCCAGCCCUGAACACCCUGUUUCGGUUCAGCCAUCGCUCUGCCACCCUCUUCGCCGACCUGGUGGCCCGCCUGCCGCUCACUCAGGAGCAGUGGCACUCCAUUCCUGCGCCCUGCCCCGACCUGGCUCGAGCGCUGCCAGCCGUCCUGCAGCGCUCGACUGCAGAGGCGGGGUGGCUGGUGGGUCAUUUGGCAGAGGGGCAGCGUGGGCGGCUGCAGGCGGCGGCGCUCGGCCUGGCGCAGGCACAGCGGCGGCAGCAGAUUGGGGCUGCAUUGCCAGCGGAGCUGAGUGGGCGCGUCCUGGCGCUGGUGGUCUAG